GUCAGUUACAAGCCCAACAUUGUACUGAUACUGGCCGAUGAUCUUGGUAUUGGAGAUGUAGGCUGCUAUGGAAAUGAUACUAUAAGGCUUUAUAUGUGGUUGUUUAAGCGGAGAACCAAUCCUGAAGUCCUCGCUUGGGCAAAACGCGCAUUGACUUCAAUGAGAAUUUUGCAUGAGUGAGGACAAUCUGCCUUUUGUGAUGAGUUCUGCAUAAACAGUGAUGGACCCCUAAUAUUGACCGUCUGGCAAAGGAAGGAGUGAAGCUUACUCAGCACAUUGCUGCGGCUCCACUUUGCACCCCAAGCAGAGCAGCUUUCCUGACUGGCAGAUACCCCAUCAGAUCAGGUAUGGAUGCCACUAAUGACUAUCGUGUUAUUCAGUGGGCUGGGGCCUCAGGAGGGCUCCCUCCAAAUGAAACCACUUUUGCCAAGAUACUACAGCAGCAAGGUUAUACCACAGGACUAAUAGGGAAGUGGCAUCAAGGUGUGAACUGUGAAUCCCGCAACGACUACUGUCAUCACCCUUUAAAUCAUGGGUUUGAUUAUUUUUAUGGCAUGCCGUUUAGUCUAAUGAAUGACUGUCAAAUAACACAACCUCCAGAGAAGGACAGAGUCUUGAGAACCAAAUUCUGGCUUUACACUCAGACAAUUGGCCUUGCUGUACUCACACUUGCAAUAGCAAGACUUACUGGCUUGGUCUCAGUCACCUGGAAAAUAAUCACCUGCUUUGCUUGGUUUGGUUUUUUGUUCUUUGCAUCCUGGUUCUCGAGUUAUGGAUUCAUAAGAUAUUGGGACUGCAUUAUGAUGAGAAACCAUGAAAUUACUGAACAGCCAAUGGUGGUAGAGAGAACGACAUCCCUUAUACUGAGGGAGGCCAUUUCUUUUAUUGAAAGAAACAAGCAUGGGCCGUUCCUCCUCUUUGUUUCCUUUCUACAUGUCCACACACCCCUCAUCACCACGGAGUUGUUUCUUGGGAAGAGCAGGCAUGGCUUAUAUGGAGAUAAUGUAGAGGAGAUGGACUGGAUGGUGGGCAGGGUCCUGGAUGCUAUUGAUAAAAAAGGUUUGAAAAAUACCACACUCACGUACUUUGCCUCUGACCAUGGUGGGUUUUUGGAAGCUCAAGAAGGAAAAGCCCAAUUAGGUGGUUGGAAUGGAAUAUACAAAGGUGGAAAAGGCAUGGGAGGCUGGGAAGGAGGGAUCCGUGUGCCAGGGAUAUUUAGAUGGCCGGGAGUGUUACCUGCAGACACAGUUAUCGAUGAACCUACAAGUCUUAUGGACAUUUACCCUACGGUGGCUUACCUGGCUGGAGGGAUAGUGCCCCAGGACAGGGUGAUCGAUGGGCGGAACCUAAUGCCUUUACUGCAGGGGUCCAUUCAGCACUCAGAGCAUGAGUUCCUGUUUCACUACUGUGGCAUGUAUUUACAUGCAGUACGGUGGCACCAAAAGGACAGUGGUGCACUGUGGAAGGCUCAUUAUGUGACUCCAAUAUUCCAGCCUGAGGGUGCUGGAGCAUGUUAUGGAAGAAGAGUUUGCCCAUGUUUUGGGGAAGGUGUAACCCAUCAUAACCCUCCUUUACUCUUUGAUCUCUCCAGAGACUGUUCCGAGGCCAAACCUCUAUCAUCUCCCACUGAGCCCCUGUUUGACACAGUAAUAAGCAGAAUAGAAAGAGCUGUUCAGGAGCAUCGACAGACACUGACUCCAGUCCCACAACAGCUCUCGUUGUACAACAUUAUGUGGAAGCCCUGGCUACAGCCAUGCUGUGGGACAUUCCCGUUUUGCUGGUGUGAUAAAGAAGGUGACAGUGCCCACCCUGCUCUGUAAAGAAAAUAUAUCGAAGGUUAACUGUAUGAAAAGCUUUAAAAUCAAGUGUCUUUUUUGAGCAAAUGGAUUCUCUUUUUGUUGAUUUAGGAUUACACAGUUGGCUAGCUGUAUGAAAUAGGGUUUAGUGAAGGCCAUUUCAUGAAUCAAGAUUCCAAUCUAGAUGGACCAAAUUAAUAUGUUCCAGUAUGGCAAGUCUUAGGAGUAUCUAUCCACGGCUGAAGACAUAGCUCAGAUACAUUGCAGUGUGCCAAAAUUAAAGGUGCUGUAGUAACCAUAACUCUGAAUCUCUUGAAAUUUGUGGAUAUAGGUUCACUAGCUCAGCAUCAUUUUUAUACUGAAUUUCUAUGCAAGGAUGUACUACCAACAUUCUAGCAAAGGGCUGCCUACAAUGUUUCAGCCCAGUUGGUCAUAUAUAAGACACGUCCUGUGUAAAAUACUUCCCCGCCCCCAAAAUAAUUUCCCUUGAUACCCCAUGGGAGAAGAAUCCCUUAGUCCUCCCCUAGCUCCUCAUAGAGGCUCCUCUAGGUGAUUCUUCUAUCUUGCAGCUAGUUCUUCUAGAAGCAGUGGUGAUGGCAGAUAUAUCCUCUGGCUAUGCAGUAGCUGCUUGGUUGAGGGAUUAGCUCUCCCAUGGAGAUCAUUUGGGGAAUGGUUCUCCUUUGGUUCUUAAAGAGGACAGGCCUCUCCUGGCUGAUGGCAAUCUCCCCUAACUGGUCUGGGGCUGUCAGUCCGGUCCCUAAUGCAUUCCUUAGAGCAUGGUGGAGGAUGCAAGAGGGAAGGAAGCUCCCUUUUCAGCAGCUUCCAGAGGAAUGGGUGGCAUACCUGGCAUGCCUGAGUGAGCAACAGUCAGCACCAGACUCAACCCUAGUGGAGGCUGAAAAUUGUAAUAUGCAUAGCCAGUCUUAGUACUGUGAUAGAGGGCUGUAAAAGUUAUUCUAGCCACCACACCGCAGUGAUAACUGAUUCCUGCUGUCAAGUAACAAUAAAAAUAAUAAGGACUGAGAUCCUCCCCUCUUACUGAAAAGCCCAUGGGAGGGCUCAGAAGGAGGGAAUCCCUAUGAGGAUCCCCUAACGUGAAUCGCCCCACAUCAUUUAGACCAGCUCUGACCCCCACUCCCAUCCCUGGCAGCACAUCUCCAUGGAAGCUAUACUAACAAAGCUAUCUCCUGGACACGACUGCCCACAUGAUGGUGGAGGGGGCAGGGCUGUGCAGAAAAGAUAAUAUCUUAAGGCUGCAUUGUUUUGCUGAUUAAUUUAUAUGGGGCCAAAGGGAGUGACUAUGUGGAUCCUACCCACUUCUUCUCAUAGACUACCCAGACUCCUCCACCUUCCCCUUGGAUAUGUUUGAUUUGGCUAUAUAUAAACUAUGUAUAUAAACUAUUAACAACGCUAAGACUCCGCUAACCUAUGAAUUACUAGAUGGAAACUUUCUCUUGCUUGUUUGGAGCAUGUCUGAGCUGCUUUCUUAGCUUUUUCCUGGCUUCUUUUUUUGAUUGGCUUCUACUUAUUAGAGCCAAGAUUUUUAAUGGUAUUUAGCUAUUGCUGCCUUCAGCAUUGUAACAUAUAACUGAUUUAGGAGCCUAACUCUCAUUUUCUAAAGGGAUUUAGGCACUUUGGAGUCAAAAUUCCAUUCAUACCUAAAUUGCUUUUAAACUUCCAAACCUAAGCGCUUCAUUUGAUCCUUUCUGCAUUGCCUGAUUUCUGCACUUUGCUGAGAUAUCUUGUAUUAAUAUCCACGUUGGCCCUCUAAACCUAUUAUGGACUCCCAAAAAUAUAUCACAGCUGAGAAUGUGUCCCCAGACCUAAACUUUGAGUAGAAGCAGCGGAACAAUCUCACCAUUCCUGAAUUCUGAUCUUCACCCCACCUGAUUAUUAGUGGCCAUGCCAAGUCUGACUCAUCACCUGGGCUGUGUCAGAUCCUACUCCGCCCAUAUUUCCUUUAAAAAGUUCUUAUUUAGGGUGCAUUGCAGUAAU